AUGCACAGAAAUGUCAGCGCAGCACCGGGGCGACGACAGAAGCCCCGGAAACUCAUCUUGUGUUUUGAUGGGACGGGGAACAAGUUUCAUGGCAAUGAUAGCGACUCGAAUAUCCUGAAGAUAUUCAGGAUGUUGGAUCGAGAAGCCAAUGACCAGUAUCAUUAUUACCAGCCCGGGAUUGGCACCUAUGUGGUCUCCAAGUCCCUCUCGCACACCUCGCUGCGGUCGCGGCUCCGCUCCUGGUACACAAAGGCCAAGGACAGCGCGGUGGGCUCGUCGUUCGACCAGCACGUCGUGGGCGGGUACCGCUUCCUGAUGCGCUUCUACUCGCCCGGCGACGAGAUCUACAUCUUCGGCUUCAGCCGCGGCGCGUACAUCGCGCGGUUCCUGGCCGAGAUGCUCGACUACGUGGGCCUGCUGUCGCACGGCAACGAGGAGAUGGUCGCUUUCGCGUGGAAGGCCUUCUCGCAGUGGCAGUGCCGCCGCACCGCCGGCGAGGGGGACGUCGAGGGGUUGAAGAAGAAGGCGGAGAUGUAUGAGUUUAUGAAGGGCUUCCGCGAGACUUUCAGCAGGCCGGUGAGAAGGAUCCGAUUCUUGGGACUGUUCGACACGGUCAACUCCGUGCCGAGGUUCGAGACGGCAUGGAUGGAGAGGAGCAAGUUCCCGUACACGGCGCGUAGCUCGGCCAAGGUCAUCCGUCAUGCUGUCAGCAUCGAUGAGCGGCGGGCAAAGUUCCGCCAGGACCUGAUGUACCAAAGCCGAGGGAGCAACAAGAAGAAGCCACAACAACACGGAAUCCAUCACAACGGCAAGAACCAGAUGAUGCACGGCAUCCGUGAAAAAUACCGUCAUCGUCCUAAGUCAGGUUCGACUGGCGGAGACGCCGUUGCGGUUGAGAAAGAAGACCGCGGACGUCGGCAAUCGCUCUUCGUGCCGGGGCAGGAUGAGCUUGGGCAGCCCGCGCCGUAUCGGAGACGCUCGCGCUCAAAGUCUCGAGCCACCCACGGCACAGCCGACGACGGCGCAUCCACGCUGUCGCAGACCGGCCCCGGCGAUGACGGCGAGGAGCCAGAGUCGGAGGACGAGGCGGAGCAGGAUAUCGACGAAGUCUGGUUCGCGGGAGGCCACGGCGAUGUUGGCGGCGGAUGGGACGUCGAUCCCGGCACCAAAAGCGCCAGCCAUGUGCCGCUUGUAUGGCUGGUGCGCGAGGCCAUGAAGGCUGGCCUGCAGUUUGACACGGAGAAGGUUGUGGCUAUGGGAUGUGCUGACGUCUUGGACUGCGAGCCUGCGUCCAAAGACCAACACCCUGCCGUACCGGCCAUCCGCGUCGACUCUUUGACCCCUCCAGACUCGCCGAAUGCGAAUGAAGAAUCCGGGAUGGAAUCCGUCAGCAACAGCAACGGCCAUACUGCCACCGCCCAGGAGCCUCAAAAGAGUUCCUUCCAUGAUCUGAUGCACCAAGCCCAUGUGGCUCGCACCCACGACUCCCUCAGCCAUGACUGCGGGAUGAGCUAUACAUCGGUGCUAGCGUGGAAGAUGAUGGAGUACAUACCCUUCCGGCGGAUGGACCUCCAGCCGGAUGGGACCUGGAAGCCGAUCCGCUGGCCCUUACCAGCCGGAGAAGUCCGCGACAUUCCGGACGAUGUGAAGGUACACGGAAGUGUGAUUCGGAGAAUGAAGGCAGACACUAAAUACCGCCCGGGCAACCUUAUUGUCGGGGGAGGUGGCAGAGGGUGCAGGGUUGCACCAGAGGAGUACGGAAUUGGUCAGUGGGAGUGUAUUGCCAGCCCUGGAUGCCCGGUUGAGGAGGUCUGGAAGAAGGUGUCGCGCGAGGACUCGGAUGCAUCGUGA